UGAACAUGAAGGUGACGGAGAUCCAGAUAAAACGACAUAACUAAGAGGAGAAGAGGAGGAGGAGUUCAGCGUGAUGCGUCAGAGGACUGAAGUGAUGAAGCUCAUCCUGCAGUUCCUCGGUCCUCCUGCAGGAGACGCAGCGUCUCCUGGUGGAGCUGCAUCUCCUUCACCUGCGUUUGAUCCUCGCGCUGCUCCGCCUGGUCCCUCCGGACAGAUUCAUUCAUCAUUUUGUUGCUUCCAACGUCCGAAGAUCAACAUCCGAGAUUUAGAUCCAUCCUCCUCCUCCACCUCCUCCUCCUGCUGCAUCCUCCAGACGGACGGAGCUCCUCCUGCUGCAGGUUGUAGAUUUUCUCCUGUUUACCGCACCCCUCCCCCUCUCUCUGUGGCUCCGCCCCUCUCAGUGAUGUCAGAUCCUCCCGGCCUCGCUGACCUCUCUCGUCUGUACCAGACGGAGUUCGUAAGGAGCGCGCGAGCCGUCGGCGUGCUCUGGGCCGUGUGCUCGCUCUGCUUCGCCAUCAUCCAGGUGGUCAUCCUGGUGCAGCCGUCCUGGAUCGGGACCACCGACACCAGGACUCAGCAGUUGGGUCCGCCAAAGCCCAGCGGCACCAUGGGACUGUUUGAGGUGUGUUUGCAGUCGGACUGGCCCCUCCCUGACUGUCGUGGAAGUCUGUCCAGCUUGUCUCCGCUGCCGUCCUUCCAAUCGGUCACUGUGUUGGUGGGUGUGUCUCUGUGGGCGGUGUGGACCAGCAUCCUCUGUCUCUGUCUAUUUAGGUUCUGCAGCGCUGCAACCGUCUACAAGAUCUGCGCCUGGCUGCAGCUGACAGCAGGUUUUUGUCUUGCCCUGGCUUGUCUUCUGUUUCCAGAUUCAUGGGAGAGUCCAGAGAUGAGAGCUCUGUGUGGAGACUCGGUGGGCAGUUUUUCUCCAGGUAACUGUUCCAUACACUGGGCCUACAUCCUAGCCAUCCUCGGGAUUCUCGACUACGCCAUCUUGGCUACACUGGCCUUUGUUCUCGCCAACCGACAGGAUGCGCUGCUACCACCUGAUGCCCAGGAAGUGACUGCAGGUCUGCUGAUGAUGGCGUGAGUCUCCAGGGAUGUUUGCUUUCCUCUUCAUCAUGUCCUCUUCAUCAUCAUGUCCAGGCAGUCAUGUUGGUGGUGGUUCUGCACAUGAAACCAAGUCAUGUGACGUUCCAGAAGUGAAAUGCUCAGCAGAUCCCAGAAGAAACUGGAACUUGCGUCUGUUCGGUUCAUGAAAUGAAACUAAAGAUGAAGAUCUGAGUUCAGACCUGCAGCCCCAUUUUAUUGAUCUUCUUUGUCUUCAUAUGUUUACAGUAUUUGUGAGGACUGCGUGGACGAGGGGGUGGAUGUACCGUAAGAUCUGAACUGCUGUGAUAACCAGAUCUGACACGGUUGUGAGCUCCUGUUACAUCUCCGUGUCAUCUCGAUGUUGCUGCUGCUUCCACAAGUCGAGCAAAGCUUUGCUGAGGCUCCGUUAGCCGCUAACCUGCUUGUUUCCAUCCGUUUGAAGAGGAGCUGCAAACAUCCUUCAAACGCUAAAAAACAGGAAUUAUUUUGAGGCAUUUUCUUUGCUGCAGGUCAUUCCUGUCUUUUUGGCCUCUUUCCUGUCAAUCGGCUUUUAGAUAAAAUUCAUUAGAGGCUUAAAAUCCUUCACAGCAGAGGAGCUACUUGUAUGUCUUUAUUUAAAAAAAAACUUGAAGUUUAUGAAGGUGCAUCAGUCUAAUCUCUUUGGUU